AUGGAGUGCGAAGGACAGGUGACACCGGAAGUUAGUUCGGAAUUGAAACCAAAAUUGGGACUUGAAUUUGAUUGCUAUGAGGAUGUGUUCAAUUUCUAUAAUAUGUAUGCCACGAAAGCUGGAUUCGGCAUUUGGUGUUCUACAACGAGAACUUGCACAUUCACAGGAGAGGUAACAAGGAAAGAAUAUGUAUGCUGUAAACAAGGGUAUGCGUUGACAAGCACUGUUAGUCGUAAGAGAAGACAACGAGGUUGUACUCGAACUGGGUGCAAGGCUAAACUUGCGAUUUUGAAGGUAAACGAGAAGAAUAAGUACAUUGUUGUAGGAUUCAAUGAGGUAAGCCUUCUUGAGGUGCAAGCAGGGGGAUUGGAAAAUGUUGGGUUUGUUAGGAGAGAUGUGUAUAAUUAUGCAAGGGACGUGCGUGGGGAGGUAGAUUCGGAAGGAAGGAUGAGAAAUAUUUUCUGGGCAGAUGCAAGAUCAAGACGAGCUUAUGAGUUUUUUGGGGAUGUGGUGGUAUUUGAUACGACGUUCAACACAAACUGCUAUGGGAUGGUCUUUGCGCCUUUGUUAGGCGUUAAUAACCAUAGGCAGACAGUGUUGUUUGGUUGUGCAUUCCUAACUAGUGAAACCACGGAUUCAUUUGUAUGGUUGUUGGAAGAAUUCAAGAAAGCCAUGCCAGGUGAGCCACCCAAAAUGAUCAUCACUGAUCAAGAUGCAGCCAUAUCAAAGGCAAUUGCUUUAACUCUCCCAACAACAUUCCAUAGAUAUUGCAUAUGGCAUAUCUUGAAUAAGUUUAUGGAGAAACCCGGCAUUGGGGAAUGUUUUUCGGAAAUGUGCAAAUGCAUAUGGGGUAUGGACACGAAAGAGAAAUGGGAUGAAAUCGUCACAAGCAAUGGGCUGAAAGACCAUCCGUGGCUGAGCUCGAUUCAUGCUUUGCGGGAAAAUUGGGUUCCAUCAUAUGUAAAACAUGUGUUUUCGGCUUGGAUGUCAAGUAGUCAACAGGCUGAAAGCUGUCAUGCAUUUUUCAAACAAUAUAUUAACCGGAAAAACACAUUGAUGGAAUUCAUU